GCGCUGGCGCCGCCGCCCGCCUCCGGCCCGCCUGCGCCCUGUUCGUGCUGCACCAGGUGUUCUGCUGCUGCCACAGCGCAGCCCUGCUGCCGCCCCUCGCGGGAGCGCUGCUCCAGAGCGCGCACGGGCCGCAGACCGCGCGGUGUCGCGUGUUCCGGCUGCCGGAGCCGCCGGCCACGUACCGGGCGACCAACGCCGAUGUCUCUGGGCCGCCGUCCACCGAGGGCACCCCGCCAGAAGGCGCCAGGCCCCCGGGUUCGGCGUUGGGCCCCCCGAUGCCGCAGCCCGGCGAUCCGGCCGAUUCCGCCAGCGCGGACGGGUCAGGCCCCCUCCCGCGGGACAGGCUGCUGGCCUUGCUCCGGCAGCCGCAGGACUUCACGGUGUCGCUGGUAAUCGGCCUCUUGCAGGCGCUGGUGGACCUCCGGCACGAGGCCUGGGCAGGCGGCGUGCUGGCGCAGGCCGGGCUGCUCCCCCCGCCGGGCAGCGGCCUCCCAGGCAGAGCCCGGGGCGCGGACGCCGGCGCCCCCGACCACGGCGGCUGCCUGUCGGCCCUCGGCGGCUACCCGCGGGGCCGAGGCCCCGCGGAGGCGCAAGCCCGGACGGAGGAGCCCGGCGGCGCCGCGCCUGCCGCUGGCCCGGAGGUGCUGCUCCUCGCGGCGCAGGCUCUGGAGUCCCACGCUUCGCUCAGGAUGGUGACGGUCCAGACGCUGGCGCGGUUUCUGUCGGAUCUGGCGGCGGAGUUGCUGGCGGAGUGGCGCUCCCAGAAUGGCGGGCCGCACCGCUGGCGGCCGUGUGCCGCGCGGAGAG